AUGGCUAGUAAUCAGGAUUCAUUCCGUUACAAUUCUACCCUGAAAGGUCGACAAAUCCGCGUGAUGUACGUCGAGUGUCACAGUGGUCUCAAUUUGCUUACCUCGCCCCUCAGUGUGAGACUGGUCGAAGAAAAUCUUGAUACCGCGGAAUUCGACGCCCUUUCGUAUGUAUGGGGCGACCAAGCGACCAGAAUGCACAUCAACUGCAACGGAAAAAGUGCGACGAUUGGCCAGAGCCUGCACGCUGCGCUAAUAGAGUAUCGACUUCGAUUGCGCCUAGGCCGAGGUCGAGACGGAGAUCAAAUCAGAGGUCUAUGGGCAGAUGCAAUCUGCAUCAACCAAAAUAAUGAGGUUGAGAAGACUGAACAAGUCCGGAUGAUGAGAGACAUUUACAAGGCCGCAAGGUUUACCAUCAUUUGGCUCGGUCCUCUCGAAGACGGCGAUGUCCAGGCCAUCCAGUUAACCCAGCUCGCUUAUAGAAGGUGCUCAGAGCAUCUCCGUUUCGAAUUGAAAGGCACCCGUCAGGAUUACCGAUUUUUCAAAGCUACACGGCGCGGCCUUCCUGAGCCCUUCUACCCUGAAGGCUUCGUGGGCAUGGAAUUCGACCCGACGUGGAAGACUCUUUUCAAAAUUCUGCACCAUCCUUGGUUUAGUCGUAUCUGGAUCGUCCAGGAACUUCUAGUUUCCGAGUAUGCUGAGAUGUGGCGGGGGAGGGAAAGCAUAGAGGUGGAUGCACUUCUCUGGAUGGCUGAUCAAAUCGCCACACAUACAGAUCUCAAGCUCGCAAUGGAGUUGCAAUACCCUAAUGAACGACUUUUCUUCGCCGAUGUAAUAGCUCUGUGCUAUUACCAGUUUAAUGAGAACAGCCCGCCACCCCUUUGGGCGAACAUGAUGAUUACUAGAGGAAUGAAAGCAACGGAGGACCUGGACAGGUUCUUCGCAUUAGCUGGAAUUUCCCAAGAAGUUCCCGAUGGUUUCAUCAACUACUCCAGGAGAAUUGAAAUUGUGGCCAGCCAAGUGGGUCUCAUGGCACUCUUGGGCAGCCCGGAAAACCCGACGAUGGACGGCUUGGAUCAACUAGCGGACUUUCCAAGCCGUGGUGUUCAAAAUCGAGGAAUUCAACUGCAGACAUGGAUCCCAGACUUCUUCUCGGCACCUCCACCACCUUUGGAGAUGUCAUUAUUGUAUUCAACAUCGAAGUUGCGGUCAAAAAACCCGGAAUUUCCACUGCCGGAGUUCCAGAUUACCACGGACCCUGAGGCCCCAAGCCCCAGUCCCCGGCCACUGACAGUAUCAGAAUUUCCCUAUCUAUUUUUUAAGGCUCCAGAAUUACUAGUCAAGGCCACGAUAUUUGGUAGGAUCAAAGACACAGUUGCUCCUACCCUUCUUGGGACGCUUAAUGGCAAUAAACGGGGUUCGGAUGAUCUGGAGCAAUACUACCGGCACAGCAUCAACAUGUUACGAUUUAUAACAACCACGCGACUUCUUGGCGAUCCGAGCCUAUCUGUCGGGGACGAUGUCAUGUCAGGGGAUAAGUUUGAGACCUUUUGGCGUACAAUGGUCUAUAAUCGGACUGGAGACAGUUUCGUGGAGGAAGUUAUCCCUGACAGCACAAUCGGCAUUUCCUUCGGGUAUUGGUACAUGUUUUGGAGGCUGUACCAGACGCGGAGAUGGGAGCAGGAUGCUGAUCUCUUCUUUGCACAGUUGGAUUUGCUACAGGGGCUUAAAGAUCCGUUUAUUAGCAUUUUCGACCAGGCUUAUGGCUACCGGUCAUUCUUUGUGACGGAAGGUGACCGGAUUGGAUGGGCGCCGCCUGCCGCCAGGCCCGGAGACGCCAUCGCCAUGUUCCAGGGCAACAGGAUCCCGUUUGUGGCUAGAUCUGUUGGGGAUAGUGGUCCAUGGGAAUAUGUUGGCGGGUGUUACGUCCAUGGUUGUAUGGAUGGGGAGAUCUGGCAGCUUGACAAAGCGAUAUGGGAUUUCAUGACUUUUGUGUAG